AUGGAAAAACCGCCCUCGUCCCACGAAGCCGAGCUCGACGGGCCCAAGAAACAGAGUAUCGUCCAGCUGGUCGCUGCUUUCUGCCGCAAGCUUGUCCAACACCCAUUCUCCGAGUUCUCCUUUAUUCAAUGGCACUACUUCUACUUCAUCGUCACCUGUCUGAUGUCCAGCCUCAUUUUCUGGGGCUCAUCCACCCCGGCAAAAUCCGUGACGUAUAUUGACAGUCUGUUUCUUUGCGUUUCAGCCAUGACAGAGGCCGGAUUAAAUACGGUCAAUCUCUCGACGUUGAAUACUUGGCAGCAAGUCAUGCUAUUCCUUCUCAUCAUCAUAGGCUCAGCAAUUUUUGUCUCCUCUUCCAUCCUCCACAUAAGGAAACGAGCAUUUGAGAAGAAAUUUGCCGAACUUGCCGAACGACGCGUAAGAAGACGGCUCCUCAGGCCUCGGACACUUACCUUUUCAUUGUCGAGAAGAGACCAUGUCAACGGCAGCGAGCGGGAGGCCGCCGUAGCUUCCGGCGCCGUACGUGGACGCCCCAUACUGGCUGCUUCCGAGGAGGAUGAACAGAAGACUUCGUCUAAGUCGCGAGAACGUGAACGAACGGCGGGAAGCGGAGCUGGUACGCGGCGAAAUUCAGCAGCGAAUGGGACUGUUUCUGCUGUCAAUAGGACCACUUCCAGUGACCCAACCGCAAACCACAUCAGGUUCAUAGACCAGCAUCCACCUAGUGAACUGGCUGAGACCCGGUCCCGAAAUAUUCGGCGCAGUCCAAGUUUCUUUGAGGGAAGGGGUGUUGGUGCUCGAACACUCGACAAUCAUCCGCGCAACGCCCAACCCUUAGGAUUCGACUCUUCAGUGCCAGAUUCAGCCAUUGAGGACGAUCUCCUAUCCUCCAGUCCGCUAUCGAACCAGCUUAACAAAUAUCUUGACACUCUCCAUGGAUAUCUUGGAAGGAACUCACAGUUUCAUCAUCUUAGCGAAAGGGAGAGGAAAAUGUUGGGAGGCAUUGAGUAUGACGCGAUUAGCCUGCUUUCCUGGCUCGUGCCCACCUAUUUCGUGCUAUUCCAGCUGUUAGGUGCCAUCGGUGUUGGCGCUUGGAUUACCGCCAACCGUCCGAAUAUGACGCGGAGAAAUGGCCUCGACCCUUUCUGGACCGGCGCCUUUUUUGCGAUCAGCGCGUUCAACAACAGUGGCAUGGCCCUCCUGGAUGCCAACGCAGUCGCUUUGAACAGGAGUUACUACUGCCUUCUGACGCUUAGUCUGCUCAUUCUGGCAGGGAAUACUUUGUUCCCGCCUUUUCUGCGAGGCAUUUUGUGGACAUUCAAAAAGCUGAUUCCAGAACACUCUUCUUCACCAGACUGGCAGAGACGAAGACGCACCAUUCAAUUCUGCCUUGACCAUCCACGAAGAGUCUACACGAACUUGUUCCCCAGCGUGGCCACAUGGUGGUUAUUUGCCUCGGUUGUUGUUCUGAAUGCUGUUGAUUGGGUUGCGUUCGAAUUACUUAAUAUUGGAAAUCCAGUGGUUGAUUCGCUCCCCCCGGGCUUUCGAAUUGUGGCCGGAUUAUUCCAAGCGUUCGCUGUGAGGAGCGGCGGUUUCUAUGUCGUCUCCAUAUCAGGUCUGAGAUCCGGGUUGCUGGUGCUCUACGUUCUCAUGAUGUACUUGAGCGCCUUUCCAGUCACCAUGACAAUCCGGAACACGAAUGUCUACGAAGAGAGAUCGUUGGGCAUCUUCGCAGACGAACUCCCGGUAUACGAGGAAAACAACGGUGCUGCAGGGGAGGACAAGAAAGGAGGGUUCCUGAGUGGUCUCCGGCGGACCAUCACAAUGACCCAUGGUGGCCAACCCCGUAGCACUUCUGCCUGGAAUCGACAGGAUUUUGUCAGACUCCAAUUACGUUCACAAUUAGGCCACGACUUAUGGUGGAUCGCUCUCGCCAUCUUCGCCAUCACGGCCAUCGAGACAGGCCAGUUUGAGCGUGACCCUGUCGUUUUCUCGACGUUCAAUAUCAUCUUCGAGGUGGUCAGUGGGUACGGCUGUGUGGGCAUAAGUGUGGGCGUGCCUUGGGCUGACUACAGCUUCUGCGGCACGUGGCAUCUCGCGAGCAAACUCAUCCUGUGCGCAGUCAUGCUUCGAGGCCGACACCGCGGACUCCCAGUCAGCAUCGACCGUGCUGUCCUCCUUCCAGACGAAAGCCUUGCGUGGGCUGAGGAAGAGGAUGCUCACAAGAGAACUUCGAGCUUCCAUUCCCCUGGGUUAAUGCUCUCGAGAACGCAGACAUCCGCAAUGACUUCGAGAGACGCCUUGCAGAGGCGUAGGUCAGCGAGCCUCGGUGCGCCUGGGCCGAGCGUCCAAACCGACGCCAGAGCGGACAAUUGA